CGCCCUCCCGGGAAGUCUCGCGAUGUCGUAGCCGGGUGCUCCCGCUGCGGGUGGCUCUGGCUGUUGCUGUGGUUGCCUGAGUUGCUGCUGCUGCGGCGGCGGCGGCGGCGGCGGCGGUACUGGUGGAGGUGUCGGCCCUUGGGCGGAUGUUGACAUUGUGUUGUUGUUGUUGCUGACGGUAAUGGCGGCGGCGGCGGCGACGGCCGGGACCCCAUCUCCUCUGUAGCCGAAGCCAAGACAAUCCAGAGCGAACUCCGCGGCCUCGGAGCCCGCGGCAGCGACUCCCCUCAGCCUCGGCUGCCUCGCCAGCCCGUAUCCCGGCCGCAGCCCCCGGAGUCAGGCCCCUUCGGGCGGGGGGCCGCGGAGGCUUAGGAUGGCGGAUUUCGACGAGAUCUACGAGGAGGAAGAGGAUGAGGAGCGGGCCCUGGAGGAGCAGCUGCUCAAAUACUCGCCGGACCCGGUGGUGGUCCGCGGCUCCGGUCACGUCACCGUAUUUGGACUGAGCAACAAAUUUGAAUCAGAAUUCCCUUCUUCUUUAACUGGAAAAGUAGCUCCUGAAGAAUUUAAAGCCAGCAUCAACAGAGUUAACAGUUGUCUUAAGAAGAACCUUCCUGUUAAUGUACGUUGGCUACUUUGUGGCUGCCUUUGUUGCUGCUGCACAUUAGGUUGCAGUAUGUGGCCAGUUAUUUGCCUCAGUAAAAGAACACGAAGAUCGAUUGAGAAGUUAUUAGAAUGGGAAAACAAUAGGUUAUACCACAAGCUGUGCUUGCACUGGAGACUGAGCAAAAGGAAAUGUGAAACGAAUAACAUGAUGGAAUAUGUCAUCCUCAUAGAAUUUUUACCAAAGACACCGAUUUUUCGACCAGAUUAGCAUUUGCUUUAUUUAUAGAGACUUUCCAAGUAUGUUGUCUUUCCAAUGGUGCCUUGCUUGGUGCUCUCCUGGUGGUGACAUAGCAUUGGUUCUACAGAAUCGUGUGGUGUUUUUUUGUUUUGUUUGUUUGUUUUGUUUUUUAAUAACCGCAUGUUCUAAGUGUGCAUUUUUGUUAAACUUUGCAACAGUUAUUUCAUACAGAUGUUUAAUACUUAAGUUAUUGUGCUCUUUUCUGUUAUGUAUUCUGAUUUUCAAGGAUUACUUUUUUGUAUUAUCAAAAAAAAAUACAUUUGAACUUAGCAUAAA